AUGCUACUAGAAAAAGUUUCAGGAACAAUUGAAAUAUCUGGCUUCAAAAUUUACGAUUGCAACUGCAACAAGGCAGCAGUAUCUCUUUCCUUGAGUCUUAAUCAUAUUGGAGCUGUGGGUUAUGAUAUUGCAGAAUUGAAAAAACAACUCUGGCCUCAUGACGAGGUUGGUCCUGAAGUGUCCGAAAUUAUAAGAAUGAAAAAUAAGCGCCUCCAAAAUACCAGAGUGAUAAUGACAGUUUUCUCGCUGUUAACAGUCAGUAUGAGUAUACCGUUAAGUGGAGAUUAUAGCGAAGUCACAGUUAUUUUCUUCAUUAAGAAUUAUGAUGAGAUGCCGAAAAUGAUUACUCUUCUAUUUUCUACCACAAUGUUCUUCGCCAAAGUGUAUAGCAUGUAUGCAAUAAACAAUAUGAAUUUCUUAACACUAUUUACCAUUGACGAUAUAGCAUCCCAAAUGCUACUGUUGAGGAAAAAACUGAACUCUAUAAGAAAAUUGAAUGAUGAAAAGGAAGAAAAUUAUUAUGAUGAAUCAUAUCAGAAUUAUAUCGACGAAAUAUUGAGGAGCUGCAUUUCUCAGCAUAAAGUAAUUAUCAAGUAUGCUAAGAUGGCGAAGACAAGAUUAGACACCGCAUUACUGGUUGUAACUAGUACUGGUAUCCUCUGUUUAGCCUUUGUAUACCUACAAGCAAAAAUAGUAAGAUUAUCAAAAAAGAAAUAUCCAAAGAAAUAUAUGAAGGAUUUUAAUCUAUUUUAA